AUGGCGCCCAAGGUUGCAAUUGUCUUCUACUCGAUGUACGGCCACAUCCAGAAGUUGGCCGAGGCCGAGAAGAAGGGUGUGGAGGCUGCUGGUGGUGAAGCCACCAUCUUCCAAAUUGCCGAGACUCUCCCCGAGGAGGUUCUCACCAAGAUGCACGCCCCUCCCAAGUCCAGCUACCCCAUUGCUGAGCCCACGGACCUGCUCGAGUUCGAUGCUAUCCUCUUCGGUAUCCCCACCCGUUAUGGUAACUUCCCCGCCCAGUGGAAGACCUUCUGGGACAAGUCCGGCGGCAUCUGGGCCAGCGGUGGCUACGCUGGAAAGUACGCUGGUACCUUCGUCUCCACCGGUACCCCCGGUGGUGGCCAGGAGUCCACCGUCAUGUCCUGCAUGAGCACCUUCGUUCACCACGGCUUUGUCUACGUUCCUCUGGGCUACAAGACCACCUUCCCCAUGCUCACCAACCUCGAGGAGGUCCACGGUGGCAGCCCCUGGGGUGCCGGUACCUUCGCUGGUGCCGACGGUUCCCGCCAGCCUAGCGCUCUCGAGCUCCAGAUCGCUGAGGCUCAGGGCAACGCCGAGUCGAAGCCCGAGACUCCGGCCCCCAAUGCCGGUGAAGCUGCACAGGCUCAGUCCUCUCAGCAGCCCACCCAGCAGCAAAAGGGUAACCAGCAAGCUGCACAGGAUAAGGACAACGAAGGAGGCCCAUGCGGUCUGCCCAAGAAGUGUGCCAUCAUGUAA